UAUUAGUUCUUCGAAUUUCUCCUGUUUUCUGAUUCUGAUUUUCUCAUGCCAAACCCAAACAUUUUCCAUCGCUUUCCCCCCCAUCCAAACACCCAAUUAAACUGAAAUUCCCGAAGCUACGAUGCUGGAAAAGGCGUAGACGAAGAAACGGCAAAUAGUAGCAAGUGAUGGCGGAGGAGGCGAGUUCGGAGAGGAGCGAGAUCAAUGGUGGCGGACUUGCGUCGAUGGAUUCGACGGAGUCGCGGUGGGUGUUUCAGGACGAGGACGAUUCGGAAUUCGACGGCGAUGAGGACGAAGAAAAUUUGAGGCACCGGACGUCCAUGGAUUCAGAGGACGAUGAAGACGAUGAGAAUGCUGAGCAGAGGUUGAUUAGGACCGGUCCGCGCGUCGAUUCGUUCGAUGUCGAAGCCCUAGAGGUCCCCGGUGCUCAGCGAAACGACUACGAGGACUUCACUGUGGGCAGGAAAAUAAUUCUUGCUUUUCAGACCCUUGGGGUUGUCUUUGGUGAUGUUGGUACAAGUCCAUUGUAUACCUUCAGUGUGAUGUUUAGUAAGGCACCCAUUAAGGGAAAUGAAGAUGUUCUUGGAGCAUUAUCUCUUGUUCUUUACACCUUAAUCUUGAUCCCCCUGGUUAAAUAUGUGUUAGUCGUUCUGUUGGCCAAUGAUGAUGGUGAAGGUGGCACUUUUGCUUUGUAUUCAUUGAUCUGUCGGCAUGCAAAGGUCAGUCUUCUUCCAAAUCAGCUUCCAUCGGAUGCUCGUAUAUCAAGCUUCAGGCUGAAGGUUCCUUCCCCUGAGCUUGAGCGAUCUCUGAAAAUCAAGGAAAGGCUUGAGGCUUCAUUGACUCUGAAAAAGCUUCUUCUGAUGCUGGUUCUUGCUGGUACUGCCAUGGUGAUUGCUGAUGGAGUUGUUACACCAGCGAUGUCAGUGGUGUCUGCUGUUGGUGGCUUAAAGGUCGGAGUUGAUGCUAUUAACCAAGAUCAAGUAGUGAUGAUUUCAGUUACUUUUCUUGUGAUACUAUUUAGUGUACAGAAAUAUGGGACAAGUAAAGUUGGACUCGCUGUUGGCCCUGCCUUAUUUUUGUGGUUUUGUUCGCUUGCGAGCAUUGGAAUUUACAACCUUGUUAAAUAUGACAGCAGUGUCUUGAGGGCAUUUAAUCCUGUUCACAUUUAUUACUUUUUCAAGAGGAAUUCAACCAAGGCGUGGUAUGCUCUUGGAGGUUGUCUUCUAUGUGCAACAGGUUCUGAGGCAAUGUUUGCAGAUCUUUGUUAUUUUUCGGUGCGAUCGGUUCAGCUUACUUUUGUUUUUCUCGUCUUGCCUUGCCUUCUUUUGGGCUAUUUGGGUCAAGCUGCGUACCUAAUGGAAAACCAGACAGGGGCUGAGCAAGCUUUCUUCUCUUCAAUCCCAAGUGGUGCUUUCUGGCCUGUAUUCCUUAUUGCUAAUGUUGCAGCAUUGAUUGCUAGCCGAGCAAUGACGACAGCCACAUUUUCUUGUAUAAAACAAUCCAUGGCACUUGGUUGUUUUCCUCGGCUUAAAAUCAUUCAUACCUCUAGGAAAUUCAUGGGCCAAAUCUAUAUCCCUGUCAUAAAUUGGUUUCUGUUGGUGGUUUGCUUAGUGUCCGUCUGUUCCAUCUCAAGCAUUGAUGAGAUUGGAAAUGCAUAUGGAAUUGCUGAGCUGGGAGUAAUGAUGAUGACAACAAUUUUGGUAACCAUUGUUAUGCUUCUUAUAUGGCAGAUAAACAUCGUAAUAGUGCUAAGUUUCGUUAUAUUUUUCCUUGGGCUGGAACUGACCUUUUUCUCGUCAGUUUUGUGGAGUGUGGGAGAUGGAAGUUGGAUUAUUUUGGUCUUUGCUGUAAUUAUGUUUCUGAUCAUGUCCAUUUGGAACUAUGGGAGCAAGCUUAAGUAUGAAACUGAAGUCAAGCAAAAGCUGUCAACGGAUCUGAUGCGGGAAUUGGGUUGCAAUCUUGGGACAAUACGAGCUCCUGGCAUUGGCUUGCUAUAUAAUGAGCUGGUAAAGGGGAUACCGGCAAUAUUUGGCCAUUUUUUGACUACACUCCCAGCAAUUCACUCAAUGAUCAUAUUUGUUUGCAUAAAAUAUGUUCCAGUUCCCGUAGUUCCUCAGAGUGAGCGAUUUCUUUUCCGUCGAGUCUGCCCAAAAGGCUACCAUAUAUUUCGCUGCAUUGCGAGGUAUGGAUACAAGGAUGUGCGCAAGGAAAAUCACCAGACGUUUGAGCAGCUGCUGAUCGAGAGCCUCGAGAAAUUCAUUCGUCGUGAAGCUCAAGCGAGGUCAUUAGAGAGCGAUGGGGAUAAUGAUACAGAUUCUGAGGGUGAGUCAUCUCGUUCAAGGGUUCUGAUAGCUCCUAAUGGAAGUGUCUACUCGCUUGGUAUUCCUCUUCUGGAUGAAUACAGGGAGACAAACAAGCCUAUCUCUGAAGCGAGCACGUCAGAAGAGGUGAAACCAGUACCUUCCUCAGACCCACCAAUGUCAGCGGAGCAGAGUCUCGAGAGGGAGCUGUCUUUUAUACGCAAGGCUAAAGAAUCUGGAGUAGUUUACCUUCUUGGUCAUGGGGAUAUUAGGGCCAGGAAGGAUUCCUGGUUUAUUAAGAAGCUAAUCAUAAAUUACUUCUAUGCUUUCUUGAGAAAGAACUGCAGGAGGGGGAUUGCCAAUUUGAGCGUGCCCCAUUCGCAUUUAAUGCAGGUUGGCAUGACAUACAUGGUUUGAUGAUCAGUUUUCAUCCCAAAGUAAGGAGAUCUCAAAUUUGACAAAAAAUUUGGGGUUAAAGAGGACUUGAUGUGAUAUGCUCAGCUAUUAAUGCAAUUCAAGAUCAUGUUUUGAACAAAAUCUCAUUGUUUGUGCAUUGAUUGGCCCUGGUCGUUUGGAUCCAUCCAUUGUUCAACCCCUUCAUCUCACCAAUUGGUAAGUUUUGUAGUGUUUCUCUCCGGAGGCUUUGACAUCCAUAUAUUGAUUCUUAGUUACAGUCGUGUAUGUGGGGAAAAAAUAAUAGAAUUUGUAAUUGCCGUGCUAUAGAUAUGCGACCGUGAUUUGUUAAGAGUUCUUCCGCUCUUUAAAGUUGUUCAGCUUGAGAAAAAAAAAAUGUUGAUAGCCAUUAACAAUGUUCCUCACAUGUACUGUAUAGGCAUGAUGACACGAUACAAGACGAUAAACACCUAUAGAUAGUGAGUACUUGAGCAACAUGUAAUUUGUGGAAAGAGAAAGGCUAGCAUCAUUUUUUCUGUCACUCUUUUUAUCACUUUUUGCAUUCAUUGUUUGACAUGUAGAUUUUAUUCUCAUUUUCUGUUUAAAUAAUAACAUAUCAUGUUAGUGGAUUUCAUGUGUCAACAUUUUCUGUUUAAAUAAUGUCAUGUUAGUGGAUUUCAUGUGUCAAAUAGUGAAUGU